UAGUUUUGACAACACAAAGAGAUGCGCAGAUACACAAGUAAAUAGUUAUUAUGGCACCGUGAUGAAAUAGCAUCCACGAUGUGAGGUAUGGCACUGCUAUACUUAUAUUGUAUCGCGAAUCUAGUUUUGACAACACAAAGAGAUGCACAGAUACACAAGUACAUAGUUAUUAGGGCACGGUGACGAUAUAGCAUCCACGAUGUGAGUACGGCACUGCAGUCACUCCCCUCCCUCCCCUCCCCUCCCUCCAUCAUCAAGGUCAAGGGACAUCAAGAGUAUAAUGAUGAAAGAACCAUUAUACUAUAUUGCAUGGUUUGUUUGUAAUCCGACCCUACGCAGACAGCACAGGCUAACCUUAGAUAACAUAAUAACAUAACGUGCGAAAAUGGACAAGCAAAAACCUUCUCUCAAACCUACAAACUGGCAUUUGGUACUAAGCCUUCUGAACUUUGCGAUGCUAGUGGCAUCUAUUGUAUUUGUUUCGUACACUACGCACGUAUUGAACCAAGACAUCAUACAAUUACGUAUACAAAUGGAGACCGCAAAGGGUCGCGAAUAUAUCGAUCCUUCUCGCGUCUUUUCGCGCGUCCCUCGCGCUGCCGUGCCAAGGCGAUAUAACAUAAAACGCACUCCAGGGGGUUAUCCGGUGGAUGGAGGUGACCCGAGAAGGAUCCCACAGGGAGACAUGGGACAGCCACGACGCGUUUCUGUAAACUUCAGUGACGUGACGAAUAUCCUCCCUGUUCCACUGACAACCAAGUGCAAGCGGAUAAUCAAGGGACCAUCUGGGAUAAUCUGCGUUACAGCUGACGGAAAGAAUAUCAGUAUUGACGCUGGAGGAAUCAAAACAAUCAACGGAUCCGUCGAUCUUGGGGUUACCGUGGACAAGGGGAGCACAACUCUGAUAAACGGUCGUCAACUACCGCUGGCCACAAGACGCUACAUCAAUGCUUAUGUGGAUCAGAAAAUGGAAAGAAUCUUCGAGGGCACAAAAAUCACUGACGCGGCGUCAAUGGAGUCUUUUAUAGACAAAAAGCUCACGGAACGGCUGAAGAAAGGAGUGGUCGCCACCGGAAAGGCCGAAGCAGGGCGGACUCAAGUAAUAGCCAUCGUCGGUUCCCCGGGUCCUCGAGGUCCAAGAGGAUUGAGAGGGUACCGUGGAGCUCGCGGGCAUACGGGACCUAGGGGACUCCCUGGUACAUCGGCUGUCAUGAUGAAGGACGGCCGCUGGGUGCCUGUGACUGGGGGACGCUUCGUCGGAAGCGUGGGAGGGAAUGGCUUUGGGAUAGGUGUUGCAGGCGCAGGCUCUGCUGAAGGGGGCGUAGAUGUCUCGGGAGUAGGUACAGACACGGGUAGCGGUAAGGGAGGCGGAGCAGCCUUGCCGCAAGGGUUUGUGGCGCCAAAUAUCACAGUAAAACCACCACCCAAAAUAACCCUUAAGGCUGGGAGCCCAUUUACUUUCACUGCAAAAGCCAGCGGUUUCCCCGUCCCCGACACGUAUUGGACUAAGGAGGGGUCCCGAGAGGCUAUUUUUAGCAGCACCCUCGGCUUUAGCAAAGCACAGCCCGAGGACUCGGGGACCUGGGUGUUCAAUGCAAAAAACGCAAUGGGUUCGGCAAGGGCUGCCACGGAUAUCAUAGUCGCAACGAAACCCAAGUUCAUAGAGAAACCUCCGAGCAAAGUGACAGCGUUCCAGAGCACGUCCACCAAGCUGGAGUGCAAGGUUGAGGGCUACCCGGAGCCUGUGGUGACGUGGAGAAGGACUAGGGACAAGAAGUUGUCGGAGGAAAGGCACAAGGUCGUGCAGGGCGUGUUAUAUCUGAACGACCCCAACAAGGAAGAUGAGGGACUGUAUAUCUGUCGCGCGAGCAGCCCUAUGGGCUCCGUCAUUGCUGCAAUAGACGUUACUGUGGAAAGGUUUAGUGCUGUCAAAUUCCUUAAGGUUGCCCCUGCCACACUCAAAAUCAAAAACGUGAACACACCGAUCAUCCUAAACUGUACAGCCAAAGGCACUCCUUCACCAACGCUCACGUGGUACAAAGAUGACGUUGCCUUGCCAACCAAGAUCUUGAAGGAUGAGGACGAGUUCACCGCUGUCUACACGAUCCAACGUCCAUCAUCAGCUGACCAGGGCAAAUAUUUUUGCGCCGCAAAAACCAAGUUUCUGGAGAAGCCGAUCGGAUACUUCACGCAGCUAAGUCUGGCAGCGUGCAAGGAACCCGAGCCUCUGUUCAAUGGAAUGGUCAGCGGCAACGAUUAUCAUGUGGGCAGUGCUGUGACGUACUCGUGCAAGCCCGGAUGUAUGCUCUAUGGCUCGGCUGUGCGCAUAUGUACCGAGCAUGGUCAAUGGAGUGGGACCCAUCCCAUAUGUUAUGAUGUCGGGGAGGUUGCGUAUGAAUGUCAUCACUACAACCUCCUCCACGACGGAGAUCGCCAAGUCCACAGCUCUAAGAUGCUGGGCUCCUGUGACGCAAACCUCGCGGAGGGCUGGUACCGAAUAUCCGGGGAUGCUGGCACGAAAAUGCCCACGUCGUGCCAGGCCCCUGGCAGCUGUAACGCCAAAUUUCCCGGCUGGCUGUACGGUCAGCACCCGCGAAAAGAAGACGGUUGUGUGAUGACACACGUGUGUUUUGGGGACUAUGCCAACGACUGCUGUUACCACAAGGUUCCAGCGCUUGUGCGGAAUUGUGGAAAGUUUUAUGUAUACCGACUUAGCCCAACUGCGGGUUGUGACAUCAGAUAUUGUACUAUGGAUUAAACUGAGGGAGGAUUCAGAGGCGGAUCUAGGGGGCGGAAACCACUCCGCCUUCCGAAUGAAAUUUUAGAAAUAAAUGGGAGCUAAAAUCCAAAAAUUUACCUCCCGCCAUAUGUUGUAUAGAAGAGUCUCUAAACUGCAUGAUCCAUCCCUGAGAAUAUUGCAAAUGAGUUUCGAUUUUUGUACCAUUACACACCGGAAAUACGUUAUAUUUUUAAUAAAAAAAACAUUACAAUCA